CAUAAACAUCAUUUGUCCAGCCAAUCGUACAUCUUCGCUCUUCACUAAAUUUGCAAGAGGAGGAUGGUGGCGAUUGCAGUGUCCCUUCUGCUACUACUGCCUUCCGUCCUACUGGUCUUAGCGCAGCUGCCUUCCCCUGACAGUAAAAUUAUUCGCGACACUACGGCAGCAGCGGCUGGAGGUGUGGAAGCAGUUUUGUCAUCAGCGUCAAGUAAACGCUCUUCCGUUCUCCUGUUCACGGACGCUACCUCGUCGGCCAACAAUGUGUUCAUGCUAGCAAAUCAGAUGGCUCCCUGGGGUGUGGCGGUGUUCGAGGUGGCAGUGGACGACCAGGACGCUAACGUGACGCAGGCACAGCUCUCCCGGGUGGUCGACGAGGCUCGGCGGCUGCGGCAGGUGUCAUGGUGCUUGACGGUGGUGGUGGUGAGCGACGACCCAGCCUUCCUCGCCGCCUUCGCCGAGUGGUCCCUCAAGGGCCGCCUCCUGGUGUGGUCAACGAGGCUCCUCGCUGUCACCAGCCUGCCCCUCCCGGAGCUCCACUACCUACACAAAACCUUCUCUCUGAUGAACGCAAUGAUACUCGUCGUGGAAAACCCAACCAAUGCCCUAAGGUGUAGUUUGUAUCUUCAUCUGCCAUAUAACCCUAAGGCGUUGCAGGUUGCCUCAUGGAUGCCACAGGAGGGCCGCCUUACUCUUACCACGAACCUCACACUAUUCCCUGAUAAAUACAACAAAUUUCUUGAACGGCCAAAUUUAGUUGCUGCAACGGAAGUAAAUCCAAUUAAUAAGAUGAUCACCUUGGAGAACCCUGAGGCUCCCGGGGGAAAGAGGCUCAAGUUUACGGGUCCCGUCCCAAACCUGAUGGACUACCUCUCCAAGGCUCUAAAUUUUUCGUACACCUACGUAAGACCUCCUGAUGGGUCCUGGGGUUUCAAGCACGCUGAUGGAUCUUGGAGUGGUAUGGUGGGCAUGGUGAUGAGGGAGAAAGCAGACAUAGGUGUUGGCCCCUUUGGUGUCAGUGCAACCCGUGCUGAGGUGGUGGAUUUUACUGGGCCAAUAUUGAUAGAUUACUAUAAGAUCCUGGGUGGUCGAGGGCUGCCUGAAGUGGACCCAUGGGGGUUCCUGCUGCCCUUGGCGCCGCUGGUGUGGGUGGCUAUCCCAAUGGCUUUGCUAGUGGUUCCUGUAUCCAUGUGGCUGUUGUCUUCAUGUUUUUCAGUCACGAAUGAUGAACAAAAGAAUACGCUACAAGAUAUAUUCACUUUCAUUCGCGUACUAUUACAGCAGAACAUCCCGCUGCUUGAAGGCUGGUGGUGGGAGCGACUCAUAUUUGCCAUGUGGAUGUUGAUGACACUGGUGUUAACACGGAGCUACGCCGGCAACCUCAUGUCCCUCCUGGCCGUGAGACACAUCCCUCAACCCUUCCAGUCUCUCCAAGACAUCGUGGACGAUUCUUCGGUCGUUACCAUAUGGGAAGAGAAGGCAGCCAGUGUGCAGUAUUUGCAAUCUGUUGAUUCGGGCAUAUUCUGGGAGUUAGCCGAACUGGAGAAGGAAGAUCGUAUUCUCUAUAAAACACUGCCGCAGUUCGGGAAGGCCGCCGACACCCUAGUGACAAGAGGGGACCACGUGCUCAUGGAAGUGGAGAUGAGUUUAAAGGCGAUCAUGUCCCAAGACUUUACACGCACAGGCCAAUGCUCAUUCUAUCGGUCCAAGGAGGAAUUUCUUCCACUGACACUCUCCAUGAUCGGCCAAAAGGACAGUCCUCUCGUGCCAGUAUUAAGUAAAAGGAUAAUGUCAGUGAGAGAGGCAGGACUCUUCAACCACUGGAUGAAAGAGGAUGAGCCUAACUCUUCCAUCUGUUUCCACGCUCCUUCCAAGAUCACAGUCAGGACAUCUCUGACGCUCAACAACCUCUGGGGCAUGUUUGUGGUGUUCUCUGGCGGCCACCUUCUUAGUCUCUUGGUCCUGUGUGGUGAGAUUCUUAUCAGACAGAUUUCUCCGUUAUAAAAUACGCGGAGCAGAAAACCUGGAAACAAACUUUAGUCUAUUGAUUAGAUACUACCGUAUGUAUACAGUAUAUAUAGA